GUUACACAGAAAAGUAUUGAUAGGAAACGGUAGACUAUACACUUUAAGAAGUUGCCAAUUAUUUCAACCAGAAAUAUAUUUUUCCCUAAUAAGAUUUAAUUUCUCAAAAGACUAUAACAAACAAAACAAUAUACUCAAUUUUGAAAAAAUGGCUACUCGAAUGAGCGAUAUGGGUAUGGAUGUACAGAUUAAUCGUCGAUUGAAUAGUAAAUAUGAUGCCGAGAGUGAAGCUGAAGCUAUCGGUUGGUUAAAUCAAUUGACCAAUGAAAAUGUACCAUUUGGUAGAGAAAAUGUUGCCGCUGCUUUAAAAAAUGGACAAAUAUUAAUUAAAUUGAUUAAUGUUGUAUUUGAUGGCACAGCUUCAUUGCCAUCAGCUGCAGCUAAAAUGAAAAGACCAUUCAAAGCGAAUACAAUGACUGCUCCAUUUAAACAA